ACGACAACACCAACAAAGAAAGCUUACCAUAAAGAUGGCGAUACCAAUGACAAAAACUUCACCACCAAGAAGGAUUACACACCAACGAAGAAAGCUCACCAUAAAGACGUUGAGCGAAAGAAAAAAAAGCAACAAGUUAAUUUAAUUAAAAAAAAUCAAACCAAAAAAUUAAAAGCGUAUACACGAUCCUGA